AUGUCUGGUGAAUUAGAACAUUUAAAGAAAGAGGUUGCUAAAUUGAAUGAGAUUGUUAAGAGGCAGAGUAUGUUGAUCUCCAGAACUGGUCAGAACGUGUUAGAGAUGCAAGUCUCGAAACAAAAGCACGAUGUCUCGAAGUUUGGCUCAUCCAAGGGGGGUUCUAAGGGAUACUCAGACUCUGAUCUGGCCACUAAUGAAGACUUGAUUCAACUGGUAGGAGAAUUGCAAGGGCAGCUGGACAACAUGGAAGAUAGAUCGAUCAGGAGAAUCAUUAACUCCACUAAAACCGCUCCUGAUGAUAUUGUGGCCCCUAUUCCAAACGCCGAUUCAGAUAUUUUGGAUGCCAAAGAUGGUUUAUAUCCAUCCACUGUCAAAGAAUUUGAAGAUCUAACUGAUUUGAAACUGUUCAAGAUUGCAAAGUUCUAUGAAUUGAUCCCACCAUCCGCAAAGGAAGAAGAAGAAUUCGAAAAAUACCUUGAAGGUAAAGUAGAAAAUUUCCACAUUAAUGAUAUCCCUGAUGAGGAAUUACAAAAACAAUUGUUUAAUUAUAAGAAGGAUCAAUUGGAUGAUCUUUUUAACGAUUUAGCAAGGUAUUUGGGUUUACGCUCUAGGAGAAAUAAUGAUACAUGGUAA